CACACAUGCACAUUGUGCUCUCUCCCUGCCUGGUUGGGCUCUUCAGCGAUUAACUCAAAAUCCGAAAGCUCUCCCAAGUUUGCCUUUCGAGCAAAAAAUGUUUCGGGAAAAUUCAAGUUUCAUCGAGACUAUUUUGUACGAUAGUCCUGGAUGUAAGAUUCUGAAAAAUGGGAGUGAAGGAGCCAUUUACCACUUGGCCAAUGUCAUGUUUACACUGGGCUACAUGAGCGGCAGUGGGUUCUUUGGUCUCGUUUAUCUGUUCAGUCUUUUGGGCGUUGGGUUUUUCAUUCAGUCUCUUUGGGGCUGGGUCGAUGCCUGCGGGGUGGAUAUUUUUAUGUGGAGCCUGUUACUUUUUGUGUUCUGCUUGGUCCAACUGGCGCACAUUGGUUACCGGCUGAGGAAGGUGAAUUUCGAGGAAGACUUCACGAAUCUUUACAAAGCCAUGUUCCAGCCGCUCGAUGUGCCGCUCAGUGUCUACAAGGAGAUCGUGAACUGCUGCGAUGCCGAGGUGACGAGUCUCUCCCGUGAGCAGAACUACGCGGUGGAAGGCAAAACCGCAAUUGACCGCUUGUCCCUGCUGCUGUCAGGCAGGGUUCGUGUUACUCACGAACAACAGUUUCUACACUAUGUCUUUCCAUAUCAGUUCCUUGAUUCUCCAGAAUGGGAAUCUCUGCGACCUAAUGAAGAAGGCAAUUUUCAAGUGACCCUGACAGCAGAAACAGACUGUUGCUAUGUGACGUGGAAAAGAAGAAAGCUAUAUAUGCUCUUGGCUAAACAUCAUUACAUUGCACGCCUUUUCACUGUUAUGCUUGGAAAUGACAUCGCAGACAAACUUUACUCCCUUAUUGACAAGCUGUAUUGCAGGGGUGGGGUCCGCUACGAUAUCCGCUUACCUAGUCUUUACCAUGUAUUAGCACCUUCUGUCGAAGCUGAGAAGGAGACGAUUGCAGAGAGUCCCCAUCAUGUUCCUCAGAGUUCAUUUAGACCUCAGGAGUCUCCCUUUAAAAAACCAGGGCCGGACCUCAAUGAUCUAAUUGAUGUGAACAGUUCCUGGAGUGGCAUUCGUAAGGGGCAUGCACCAUUGGCUCCCACUCAGACGCCAGAACUCUGAGAACCGUCACUGAAAAGGCCAGCAUGAGGAAACAUAAAAUAUGUACUAUUUAAAUUCCCAAUGAAUAUUGAAAAAAAGAAUUUUAUAUUAACAUACUCCAACAUAGUAUUCCAAUGUGGCUACUCUGGUUUCCCAAACAAUCAGGCAUCAUUGUUCCAGCAAGUUGGGAUAAUUCACAGUGGCAGUACAAUGGGUUACAGUAUUUAUAUGGUUAUUAGUACAUGAUUGAACAUGGUAAAUUGAAUCACAAUUUUAUUAACUUUUACCAUGUUAAUCAUGACAAAAUAAAUAAAAAUCUUUAACAGUGUAAUGAAAACCAGUGGCAAAUUGACAUAUUUUCCAUUGAAAAUUCUGGCAGGAUUCUGUGAACAACAUGGUUUAAAACAUAUAAAGAAAUUUGUUUGACUAGUAGGAAACAAGGGUAGUAAUGAUAUAUUGUAACAAAGUUUGACUGUAUCGAGUUAAAUGUAUUACAUAACUGUUAAAAUAAAGUCAUUAGGAGCAUAGUGAGUGUUAAACGAACAAUAUCAAGGUCCACUAUUUUCACUUCAUCAACUUGACAGUCACAGUAUACAGAAACUUCUUUGGUAUAUGUUAGCAGGCAUAAUAAUGAUGCAAAAUCUAAAUUAGUAAAGAUUUGAAAUUUUGCGCAACUGUUGGAAGCCAUCUACAUAAGUCAUUAAUAUUGUCUAA